AUGUUUCCGAGUUAUACCCACCUGUGUGCGUUGGUCGUUUUGGCCGUUGUCGUGUGCACUGGCCCUGCUGCUGCGGAUGUCUGUGUGGGCGUAACGUGUCGCUCGCCGUAUGCAAACUAUGAUCUGGCGCUGCGGCAUCCCAAUGCGACGGGGACCUUUGAUGUGGAUGAUCUCUCGCUUGGGCCGAGGAGCGUUCGGCGGCUGGCGGUGAGGGAUGAUCGCGACGACAAUGACCGUGAUGAUGAUGACCGCGAUAUUGACCGUGAUAACGACCGCGACAAUGACCGUGAUGAUGAUCGUGACCACGACCGUGAUGACGAUGGCUACGACGACGGCGACGAUGACCGCGACGACCCCGACGACGACAACGAGUGGACCUGGAACACCAAGGUGAUGGAUGUCAAGGUCGACGCUGACAAGAGCGUGGUGCAUAAGCUCUUUGAACUGUAUGGCGAAAUCGAGAUCGACCACGACCGCGACCGGGACGGGGACGACGUGCCCCGGAAUGUCUGCGCCGUGGUAAUGAAGCCGAAGCAGAGGGACAACGCAAACCUGCGGCGGGGCGAUGGCCGCUGUUCGGGCGUGUAUCGAGAUAAUGAGAUCCGGGAUAUGGAGCGGGAGCUGAGGAAUGCAGUGGAGCGCGUGCAUGCGCGCGGACUCCAGCGCUCGCCCUGUGCAGAGGUGACGGGGCUCGAGGUUGAUGUUGCCGGGGGUCAGGAGAACUCACUCUUCUAA